AUGUCGACGGGGACACGAACGCGCCUCUGGCCACCUUUACCGCUGAGCCGGGCUCUGGCCUCUACACACUUCACACUGGCUCUCAGCGGCGGCGGCGGCAGCAGCAACAGCAGCAGCGCAGCAGCAGCAGCAGCAGCAGCAGCAGCAGCAGCAGCAGCAGCAGCAGCAGCAGCAGCAGCAGCAGCAGCAGCAGCAGCAGCAGCAGCAGCAGCAGCAGCAGCAGCAGCAGCAGCAGCAGCAGCAGCAGCAGCAGCAGCAGCAGCAGCAGCAGCAGCAGCAGCAGCAGCAGCAGCAGCAGCAGCGGCGGCAGCAGCAGCGGCGGCAGCGGAAGCAGCGGCAGCAGCAGCAGCAGCGGCAGCAGCAGCAGCAGCAGCGGCGGCAGCAGCAGCAGCAGCAGCGGUAGCAGCAGCAGCAGCAGCAGCAGCAGCAGCAGCAGCAGCAGCAGCAGCAGCAGCAGCAGCAGCAGCAGCAGCAGCAGCAGCAGCAGCAGCAGCAGCAGCAGCAGCAGCAGCAGCAGCAGCAGCAGCAGCAGCAGCAGCAGCGGCGGCAGCAGCAGCGGCAGCAGCAGUAGCAGCGGCAGCAGCAGCAGCCGCGGCGGCAGCAGCAGCAGCUACUGCCACCGACCACUAUAACUCCCCCCUGUCAAGUCCCUCCGUCUCACCAGCGUCUUAA